AUAUUUUUAUUAAGAAAAUGGCAUCUAAAAAUUUUAUAUCGAAACGAGUAGCAGAACAAUUUACAAAAAAUAUCAUUCUGCCAAACAGACCUAAAGACUUAUAUUCCUAUCAAAAAAUGCUUAUGCACAGAUGCACUAAUUUAGGAAUGAAAGAAUUAGAUAUAAUUUUGGGAAGAUGGUCUUAAGAAUUUGUGCCUAAGAUGAAUUAUGAAGAAUUGAAUUAGAUGGAGUCUGAAAUCUUAGAUCUAGAUACUAUUGAUAUCUAUAAUCUAUUAUUAUAGGUUAAAGUGGCCGAAGAAUUGAAACCUUUGGAACAAUUAAAGUAUGUAUAAGAAAUCAGAAAUUAUGCUCUGAAGGGUUUGAUAUGAGAUGUCUAUUAAUAUAUACAGA